AGGAGCUGGCAGAGCCGACAGGCAAUGAGUAGCAGAGCUUUAAAUCAGGGGAGGAGAGCAGGCCGCCGCCGGAGAUAGGAAGACCCAAUAUCAGCUGCUUCCCUCUUAUCUCCAGUCCCUAGACAGAGGUCAUCGUCCUAACUGACGUUCCCGACAUGGACUUCCAGAAAACCUUAAUGGAUUAUAAAGAAAUAGCUGUACAACAUGUGCUCGACAUUCGAAGCUUUAUCAAUGAUUCCUUCAAAGAACUUGAACCAUCCCAUCUUAUAACACUAACUGUUGCCUCAACACUGGUGACCAUAUGGACUUACAACUUCAUAUUUCAACGUGAAAGUAUAAAGUCCAGAUGUAAGAAGCAAUUUUUCCGGAUAAUCAGAAGAAUGCCAUUUAUAGGUUCAAAAAUCCAGACUGAACUCGAUAAAGCUUUGGAUUUCAUGGCUCAUGGAAUGCUAAAUGAGAAAUACGGAAUGAGCUUUGUAAAAACUCUCCCGCACACUGGACUUAAGCAAGAACAAGUUAUGGAGAAGUUAAAGGAAUACUCUGCUCUAAGUGAGGUGUCAUGGGAGCAAGGAAAAGUGUCUGGAACGGUUUAUAGCGGAGAUGAACGGCUUACCCAACUUCUUGUGAAGGUGUACGGAGAGUUUGCCUGGAGCAAUCCUUUACAUCCUGAUGUUUUUCCCGGUGUACGUAAAAUGGAAGCAGAAGUAAUAAGAAUGGCGUGUAACCUUUUUAACGGAGGUCCUGAGACAUGUGGAGCAGUGACAUCUGGAGGUACCGAAAGCAUCUUGAUGGCCUGCAAAGCGUAUAGAGACCUGGCAUAUGAAAGAGGAAUCAAGUACCCAGAAAUUGUUGCUCCAGUAAGCGCUCAUGCAGCGUUUGAUAAAGCGGCUCAUUAUUUUGGCAUGAAGAUUGUGCAUAUCCCCCUGGAUAAGAAAACCAUGAGAGUGGAUGUGAAGGCUAUGAGGAGAGCAAUCUCUAAAAACACAGCGAUGCUAGUUUGUUCUGCCCCGCAGUUUCCACACGGUGUUAUUGAUCCUAUAGAAGAAGUCGCUAAGCUGGCCCUAAAAUACAAAAUCCCUUUCCACGUGGAUGCCUGUUUGGGUGGAUUUCUCAUUGUAUUCAUGGAGAAAGCUGGUUUUCCUCUUCCGCCAUUUGACUUUAGGGUCAAAGGAGUGACCAGCAUCUCUGCAGAUACUCAUAAGUAUGGCUUCGCACCUAAAGGGUCUUCAGUGAUACUGUAUAGCCACAAGGACUAUAGGCACUAUCAGUACUUUGUCGCAUCAGACUGGCCAGGUGGACUGUAUGCUUCUCCGUCUAUAGCUGGCUCUCGACCUGGUGGGAUUGUAGCUGCUUGUUGGGCAACAAUGAUGCACAUGGGGGAAGAUGGAUAUGUUGAGGCCACCAAGAAUAUAAUUUCGACUGCACAAUUCAUUAUAAAAGAGUUGCAAAAAAUGAAAGAAAUCUUUAUUUUUGGGAAUCCUGAGGUUUCAGUGAUCGCAAUUGGUUCAAAAGUUUUUGAUAUAUACCGCCUGUCUACCUCUUUGACAGCAAAAGGCUGGAAUCUGAAUACACUUCAAUUUCCAUCAAGUAUUCAUAUAUGUCUCACAUUGCUGCACACAAAACCUGGAGUAGCGCAACUUUUUGUGAAGGAUGUCCGAGAUUCAUUGUCUGUGAUCAUGGAAGAUCCUGGAGCCAAAGCUACUGGAGUGGGUGCGAUAUAUGGGAUGGCGCAGACAAUUCCAGAUAGAUCCAUGGUUUCUGAAAUUUCAAAAGCGUUCCUGGACUGCUUGUAUAUCACAGAAUUGCCACCCAGUGUCAAACAUAUAAAUGGUUCACCUGGACACCAAUAGACAUUACUGUUUUUCUUUAGGCGGUACUAUUCCAAAUGGUUCCACAGGGCAGCAGAAUCUCACAGAGACUGC